GGAUUUUACACUGUAAUGAAUUUAAUGAAAUUCACCUGCGCCUAAUGGAAAUAAGUCGUGUUCUUGUUACUUUACACCCGCCUGACAUCGACAUGAAUCCUCCUGAAGUGUUGCUGGGAAGUUCACCUGCCCUCAGUGACGUCGCUCUCCGCAUCACGCUGAGAGGAGCUGAUGCUGAGGAGGAAAUAUAGGACAACAGGAAGAGGAGGAGGAGGAGGAGGAGGAGAGGUCUGCAGUUAGCACUGAAACCACAAAGAGACGACACAGAGAGCUGCAGCAAACCGAGCGGCCCCGUCUGCACCUCAGCAUCAGCCUUCAGUCGUCUCUCAGCUCCAGGAGGAUGAAGGGGCUGCAGCGGCUCAGUCUGCCCGGAGCGUGAGGACCCUUCCUGGGCUCCGUCUGCCUCGUCCUCCCCCCUCCCUCACCGCUCUGCGUGGAGCUCUGAUCCUCCAUCUCUGUGCAGCAGCGCCUCUCCUCCAUCAGCUGAAAACAUGGACGGACUCCGCCUGCCGCCCGUCAUAGAGGAGGUCCUCGAUCCUUCCGACGAGCUGUGUGAGCUGAAGGCCGAGAAGCCCAUCAUGUUGGCAGAAACUCUGACGGCCAAGGAGAGGGAGUCUCUGGAGGAGAAGGAGGAGACGGUGGGAGACGGAGAGAAAGGCCAGCAGGAGGAAGAAAGGGAGGUGACGGUGGAGGAAGAGGAGGAGCUGGUGGAGCUGAGAGCUCAGGUGUUCCAGCUGCUGCUGGAGCUGGAAGAGACCAGAGAGGUUUCCCAAAGACACGAGGAGAGCUUCCUCGAGCUGCAGGGUCUGCUGGAAGACGAGCGACUGGCGAGCGCCCAUCAGGCGGAGAGUUUCACCAGACAGAUCCAGAGGCUGCAAGCUCAGCUCCGGUCGGUCCAGGAGGAGAUGGACAGUCUGGAGGAGGAGAAGGAGAGCGAGCUGGAGGAGGUGCAGGAGGAGCUGCGUUCGGCUCAGGAGGAGGUGCUGAUUCUGCAGCAGGCGGCCGAGGAGGCGGCGGCGGAGAGGGAGAACGACAUCGCCUCCCUGCAGGAGGAGCUGUGUCGGCUGCGGGCCGAGCUGCAGCGCCUCCACGCCACGGCGCAGGAGUACGAGCUGGAGAUCACCACGCUGAGGGCCGAGAUCCGCAUGAAGAGCCACAACAAAGGCUCUCACGGUGACGUGAGUCAGGUGAAGGAGGACUUCGUCUCUCUGACCGAUGAACGUCAGACUCUGACCAGCGACAACAAAAUGCUGAGCAGCAAAGUGGAGCAACUGCAGCAGCAACAAGACGCGUGUGAUGACGUGUACCUGGCAGUCAGAGUGGAGGGCGGCAUUAAGUGUGAGCGGGACGACCAGGUGAAGGCAGACUCGUACAUCACCCUCUCUCAGUCCGGGCCCCCGGAGGAUCCGGACUCCUCGUCAGUCCAGGAGGAGGUCUGCAGCUCAGAGCUCAACGUCCUGAAGGUCCAGCUGAGACAAGCUGAGGAGACGGCUCACAAAGUACAGAGAGAGUGUGAUGGUUUGAAGUGCGAGCUGGUGGACCUGCAGCAGCUGUACGACCGCAGCCAGCGCGAGCGAGUGGCGCUCGAGCAGGAGCUGCAGCGCUGCAAGGCCGAGCUACAGAAACUGGUGGGCAGGAAGUCACAGAACUGCACUCGUCCAUCUGAGCCCCCUGUUCUCUCCAUCCCCUUCAUAGGAAUGAUUGUAAUAGUGGCCUUGAUUUGGUGCUGGUGGGAGGAGCUGGCGUCCUAGAGGGGACCAGUGGAGUGGCACUGAAGGCUGGAACCUGGCGGUGGCAGCGGUUGCCAUGGCAGCUAUUGUAGUUCUGGUCGUCCCCAGCUUCACCAGGACCUGAGUACUGCACAGGAAGUGACCUCACUGGGAAGUCUGGGAUUGUGGGAUUGCCGUCACCCAUCCAGCGCUGCCCUCAUACAUGUUGCUGUCCCGAUGUCUGCUUGUCGCAUCGCUCUGUUUAGUGGGACAGCGCCGCCAAGACGUUUUCACCUGAAUGCCACAGACGUCAGUGAGUGCUGGAGGGAAAAGCAAUAAGAUUGUUGAAAAAGUCGUCCAUAAGGACUCUCAACUCCUCCUGCAGGUCGUCAUUGCGCAGUAGGUUGAUUUAUUGAUCGGCUGUGAGGUUUUCAAACAUCCACCAUCAUGAUCCAAGAGUCUAAAUGGAAGUUGUCAUUUUGCAUUUUAUUUUAAAAAGAUUCCAAUGUUUUCAAAAAUAACCAGAGGUGGAUCUUUGUAAACUGCUGCCAGAGGAAACGGGUCAGCUCAGUCUGCAGUCAAUGGUGGACGAAGUACUCUGAUCCCUUACUUAAAUAAAAGCAGUAAUACCACAGUGUAAAAAUACUCAGUUACAAGUAAAAGCCCUGAAUUCAGAAAUAUUACUUGAGUAAAAGUACAUAAGUAUUACCAGCAAAAUGUACUUAAAAUAUUAUAAGUAAAACUUCUCAAAAUGCUGAAUAUAUAGUGUCAUAAUAUUAUAUAUAUCAUACUUUUGCAUUAAUGCAGCAUUUUGAUGUUGCUGGUUAAGGAGCAUUUAAAUGUAGUUUCAUCUAUAAAAAAUUUAAUUUGAUUUGUUUACAUGUUUUGUGUGUAAAAUUUGUAAAAUUUUUAUCAAAUAAAUGUAGUGGAGUAAAUAGUACAAUAUUUUCUUCGGAAAUGGAGUAGAAGUAUAAAGUAGCAUAGAAUAGAAAAGUGAAGUAACUUCAGAUUGAAUUUAAGUGCCGUACUUGAAUAAAUGUACUUAUUUAUUUUCCUACACAGUUUACAGUAAAUGGGGUCCUGUAGUGGCGAAUCGCAAAAUGAUUUCACUGAGAGACAAUGAAGACAUAAAACACAAAGAGCUGCUGAUGAUGCUGCAGAUCAGCUCGAGUCCGACCAAGUUGUUAAAAACAAGAAACACUUGAAGUACAAAAUGUUAACGCUGCAAAUUUUUAUCUUUUAUAAUCCAAGUUUUUCCUUAUUAGUUAUAGUAAACCAAAUUUGUUUACAAGUUUAAUAUUCUAAAUAAAAACUAAUGCAUUUUUUUCUUGAAAAAUACGAAAUAAAAAUGAGCCCUCGCCAUAGAGCAGCAUGUCCACUGUUUGGUAAGUAGUUCAAAAUUUCCUACGGAAAACAUCACCGAACAUAAGUGUAGCAAAACCCAUUUUUAUUUUCCACAGAAACUUUGGACUUCUAAAAACCAAAUUGUGAAUAUGCUGCAGCCUACAAAAUUGAAACUCUGUUAACGGAGGGCAGAAACUCAAGUCCAAAACAAACUUAGAGCAAAAGGGCCUUUAUACAUCAGCUAAGUUCUGGUGGGUAACGCAGACACAGAGCAACAUGAUCAUCCCACUAGAGUUGUGUUUGUGUCCACCAGAUGUCCAAUAUUUACUCUCCUUUUAGCUCUGGUUUGGUUUUGCUUGGACUGAGCUGUUGAUUCUCAGCGGGAUCAGCAGUAUUAGAGGCUGUUUCACUUUUCAGGAGUCAUUUGAUGUUAAUGUAAAAAAAAAAAAAAAAUCAGUUCAAUCAGUGCAGCUUUAUGUCGCUGAAGAUGUAAUCAAUACAACCAGCUGCUACAGUGUUUGUGUUUAUGAAUGAAAACCAGACUCAUACUUCUGGCUCAUGACGGCAGGUGUUUGAGGAUCACUAGAUUAUUUUAUUGACCCAACAUGAAUUCUUUAGAGCUGCAACUUACAAUUAGUUUAAUUUAUAUUAUUUACCAAUUAAUUGAUUAAUCAUUUGGUUUGUAAAACCAAAAGGUUUUACAUUUAUCAAUAUAUAAUAUAGAGGAAAGCAGUAAAUGUUUUGUAUUUUUAUUUAUCAGUGAUUAUUCAGUAAUUAACAAUUGACAGCAAUUGUUUCAGCUCUAAAAUUCCUUGCCUUAUUUUUCAGUACUGGAUUAAAAGAAUAUUUUGCACUCACUGAGUUACGUCACUGAUGACAGAGAUAACGGUAGCAGAUUAAACUAGAUUGUUUAGUGUUUUUAAUACAUUGUCUCUGCUUUAGUCCUGCUUAAUGCUGUAUAUUAUCUUAUCAUGUGUUUGUCCAAAAAUUACCAUUAAUGUGAAUUAUUUAACAGAUGUAGCAUGAGAAAAACAGCAGAUUUAAGGAAAAAAUGAAUUAAAUCAGCUUUAUUUUACCUACCUAUCCCUUUACAGAUCAAUUUAAAAUGUCUGUGUUUGUAUGUUUAUAGUACCAAGCAAGUAGUAUGCACAUCUGCAUAAAGUAAAAUAGCACUUUCUUUAAACUUUGGAAAGGUAUUGUUGUUGGAGCUGAAUCAUUCCGGUGAGAGAUUUAUUUGUCGACUGAUUUCACUGUGCCAGUUUUAAGCUCAGAUUGUGCGUCGAUUAUUUAUGUGUUAUUUUCUAUAUUAUUGAUGUAAAUACUGAAAAGAAAAGGACCAAGAAUAGAGCCUUGUGGGACACCUAUACUAUUGGUUUCUUGAUUUGGAACCACUUAACAACUUCUGCUUGAGUUCUACCCUAAAGAUAGUCAUACAACCAUUUAAUAGACCAUAAAUAGCCCUAAAAUGGAUAGUGUUUUUUUCUGUAGAAAAUAAGAAAUAGAGAAAUAAAUCCUGUCCGAAUGGGGCUGUAGCGAUGCAGCGCCAGUCAGAUCUCAAACCCCAAAGACAAACAAAUCCGUAUUCCCGCCUAUGUUUUUAUUUGAGUUGAUCAAAACUCAUCUCUCGAUGAUGUCUCAGAUCUUCCAUUUUGGUGACUGGUCAGAAUGAACACAUUUUCUUUUGUUCAUAUUUUAUAUGUUUCCACCUUUUUAUUGGGGCGAUUAAAUUCCCCCCCACCGUCUUUUUUGCACAUAGACAAGUUUUUUUUUGGUUUUGAAUGGACCCGAUAGAGGCCUCAUGUUUACAUUUAAGUGGUGACCAAAUAAUUAAAGGAAAUAUAAUCAGAUGUUGAAAUGACUGUGAUCCUGUUUAGGCUGGAAUCAGGUAUUUAGGUUAAAAACUUAAAACUCUUUUAACUGUUUGUCUUGAUUUGUGAUAAUGCAUGUGACCUUUACCAAAUAGUAACAGCUUCAGAAUAAAAUACAUUCCAGUUUAAAUACAAGCACUGGCGAUAUAACAAAACCUUCCCUGCUCGCUCUGCUUAGCAUGACGGAGGGUGGAAAAAAUACCUGAAACAUCGUACUGAAUGAGAAAAGACUGAACUGUGAACAAGACACAUGAAGAGGCGUUAACGUGACAAAGCAGGCUUUUAAUUAGAAUUAUUUAUUUAGUAUUUAAUGAUUAAGUGAUAUAUAUUGUGGUUAAUAGCAGGACAUUGAUUAGGAUAUAACAGGUCCUGUAUUGUUCCAAAUGAUAAAUAGCAUGUGUCAUUAAGACCUUUUUAUAUAGUUUUUGCACGACAGUUAGACAUGUAGUUACUUUAAUCAGAUUAUAAUGGUGGACAAACAAAUAGAUUCUGGAAAUAACAUCACACCACUGUUGGUGUUUGGCCGGCUCAAACUGUACAUGAUGAAGCAGUUUAUUUGUUUUGCAGGGGUUUUCUUUGUAAUGUAUGGAAGCCCAUUUCCACCAGGAAAACAAUAAUCAUUUAAAAAAAGUUUAAAUGUUAUGUCUUUAACAUUUAAUCUAUCUUGUUUUUGCGGUGUAUCUGGGCUUCCAUAUAACUGACACUCCAGUUGGUUGUAGUCUUUACCGUUGUGUCUCUGUACUCUGGACUCUGCCUUGUGUCUUGAUGUGUCAAUAAUAUCUCAAAACAUGUGAUUUAGCAUUUUUGUGACGUUCAGUACUUCGUUUGGCAGGAAACACCAGUGUAAUCGUGUAAAAUGUGAAUUUUAGUACAAAAACUGAGUUUUGGUAGUAAGUGUGGAUGCUGACUGAAUAAUUGUUAAUCAGCCUGUUCUUAUCUUUGUUUUUAUUUGUCAGUAAAAACACACAAUCUUCCUGGAAGCUGCAUGCUAACGCCACUCUGUACAAACUCUGUACUUAUGUAGCUUUCUUUUUUAUUAAUACUUGGUAAUGGUUUGUACUGUACAUUGAAUAGUUCCAGUUUGAUUAUUAUUUGGUGCUCGCUUUGAAGGAAGUUUUUUCCAUACAGCUGAUUAGACUGUAAUUAAGAGGUUUUGUCAAAUGUUUGCAAUAUAAUGUAGCAGUAGAAAUAGAGUAUGGGGAUGGACUGAUGAUUGGUUUACUGAUAUCUACCAGCUGAUAUUUGACUUCCAGUAUCAAUGCAGCUGAGUGAGGACACACUGCUGGUGUCUGAUGAUGAUGGUUCCUGAAAUUCAUAUUUAUGUGCAAAAUGUUUUUGAUUUUUGAAAUCUUACACUAUUUAAUUGAAAAGUUUUUAUUUCUGUAAAAGUUCCUGUUCUAUCACAGCAUUAGAGUUGGUUGUUAUUUUUAAAGAGUCCAGAUUGUAAUUCUGAUUAUUUAUUUAUUUUUUUUAAAUGCGUGUCCUUGGUUUCGUACGAAUAUCUCCCGCUUAAAUUCGGAUUUGGUGUGGAAAUACCUUAACAAGCAAACGAUCCUGUAACGUUUACGUGAGUUACAAAACAUCUCCUGAUGGUUCUUAUGUGUCUAUUUGGAAAACACCAAAACUUCGAAAUGAUCAACACGACUUUUAACACUUUUCCGAUCACACUACGGAAUUUAAAAAGCAACAGAAACACAAGGCUUAAACUAUCUGUUGGUUUCGUACGAAUAAUGUUGAUUUGAUCCUUGUUUUUGUCACUGCUUGUUCUCUCUUCACAAUUCACAAAAUCUAAUUUAAAUUAAAAAGAAGAGAAGAAUGGGCAGAUUAUUGGUUAUUAUUUAAUAAAUAAAUACUAGAUACUCCAUACUGAUAUCAGAAACCCGUAUCAGUCCAUCCUUAGCAGUGUCAUGACAAACGUUAGCUAGCUGUAGACAGCUCAGUGUUGCAUGUUAGAUGUAGAGAGGUAGAACAUUUGCAUGAAAAUAGACGAGUAGAUUCAGACGCUGUAGCAGUUGUAGAGUUAGACGACGCUCAGUAUGACAGUGGUAGCAUGAGCGCUGUAAUCCAAUUCUUCCAUUAGUUACUUUAGACUAUUUUAUUACUGUUUUUGUAGUUAAAAGUUCAAAAAGUGUGAUGUUUUUAAAAUAUUUCUGUCUGUCGUCUCCAGAGUCAGAUGUUCAGUUUUAUCCGUGUCCAGUACAGAGAUACAGCAUGUCUAGCUUAGCUUAGCACAAAGACUGGAAGCAGAAGGAAACUGCUAGCCAGUAUAGCUAACUACCAUGUGUACCAAUGUAGCUGGUUGAUGUAAUGGUAGUAACACACAAUUAACAUAUCCCCCAUUAUGCAAGCUGUAUCUACGUAAUGGUACGGUAGCUGCUUUAACCUUACCGGUGUUAUACCAUGAUGUGUUUAGCCUAGCUUAGCACAAAGACUGGAAGAAGGGGAAACUGCUAGCCUAGCUCCAUCAAAAGAGAAACAAAUCCACCUUCCAACAACUCCCAAGUCUGUCUGAUUUACAUGUUGAAAAGGUGUAGAAAUAGAAAUGUCACAAGGAGACAUUGGUUUAACCGGCAAUUAGUGUUGGAGCUAUUUGUUUACCAACAGCCGCUGCUAGGCUAGCAGUUUCCCCCUGUUUUCAGUGUUUGUGCUAAGCUAGGCUAACCACAUCCCGGGCCUAUCUCUGUAUUGGAUGCACAGAGGUGAAGCUGAGAUCCAUGUGACCUACAUGUGACUCUGGAGAAGAACAACAGAUGUCUUCUCAGACUGUUGUUCUGCUUGAUUCUGUAACGGCUGCAUUUCUGUGUUUGUCUGUUGGCUUUGACACUGUGUGAGUAACUGUCAGGUGUCAGGUGUGCUGUACGAACUCUGCUUUUAGUUAGACUUUGAGUCAAAGUAAACCGGCAUGUCGCCAUCUGGCUGCUGUUUGUUCUGCUUCUGUUUUAAAUGAUGGAUUAUCCUGUUCGUGUUUCUGUCUGUUUCUGUUCUUUGCUUCUGUAAAGGACUGAACACUUUAAUUGUAUUAAUGAUGUUUCUGCACAACUUUAACGUCUGUUUCAGUUUUUAUUUUUGUGUGAUGAUUUUGUUUAAAGGGCCUGUACAUUUUGUAAAUGAACUGACCAAUAAAAAGUAGUUUAUCCUUGUCUUUAA